AAACCCCAAACCCCGAAUAUCUCUCUCUUUCCGUCACCAUAAGCCGGAAAACCCUACUUAACCCCGAACUUCAAAACCCCGAAACGAGAAGAAGAAGAAAAGAAGUACAAAAAAUGAAUUCGACAAUUCUUCGAUCUCGCAUAAGCUCGGGUUUAUCAAAGAUUAAAUCUAACAACCCAAGGCUUUUCUCUGUGGAGGUGCCUCCUCUUGAAUCAUCACAGGCGCGGCCAAUAAUUGCCGUCGGCGAAGAGUUCGCUACCGAUCCCAAUUCAUCAUCAAAGAAACCGACCCCGGAAGGUGCGCCGCAGGUUUCGAAGCCGCUUAGGUUUCUCAAGUACGGUCUCAUUGGCGCUCUCACGGGAGCUACAGCUGCUGCCGGAUAUGUCAGCUAUGCUUAUACCUUGGAGGAAGUUGAUCAAAAGACUAAAGCUUUGCGUGAAUCAGUAAACUAUAAAGUUGGAGAUGAUUCAUCAACUAUGGAUGUGAGUAGGGUUAAAGCAUUGUCCUCAGACAAGCUUCUCCCAGACUUGCAUCCGGCGGAGCAACAUGUAUUCACACUGGUUCUAGAUCUAAAUGAGACACUACUUUAUUCUGAUUGGAAGCGUGACAGAGGUUGGAAGACGUUCAAACGACCGGGGGUUGACAUCUUUUUGGAACAUCUUGCCAAGUUCUACGAAAUUAUUGUGUACUCAGACCAAAUGGAAAUGUAUGUCGUUCCAGUGUGUGAUAGGUUGGAUCCAAAUCAUUAUAUACGGUAUCGGCUAGCAAGGGGUGCUACCAAUUACGUCAAUGGCAAACACUAUAGGGAUCUGUCAAAGCUCAAUAGAGAUCCAGCAAAGGUCCUUUAUGUGAGUGGGCAUGCCUUUGAUAGCACCCUUCAGCCAGAAAACUGUGUUCCGAUUAAGCCAUAUAAGCUCGAGUCAGAUGAUACAGCACUUUUGGAUCUUAUUCCAUUUCUUGAAUUUGUUGCACGGAAUAGUCCAGCUGAUAUAAGAACUGUUCUAUCAUCUUAUGAAAGAAAUGAUAUUGCAAAGGAGUUCCUCGAGCGUUCCAAGGAGUAUCAAAGACGAAUGCAAGAACAGAGGAGCCAAAAACGUUUCUGGCAACGAUGAUGAUGAUGAUAGGAUUUUGUAUAGUUGACCGUACGUGUGAAACUCUUACGUAUUUUCUGGAGAACCAAACGGAUGAAUACAUAAGAAAUCAUUCCUGUGAGUGUUCAACAUUGGCUUUGCAAGUCAAAGCCAUUGCUGGUCAAUUGUCAUAUAUUUAUGCAGUCUCCUUUCACUUAAUCAUUUAAACCUGAGAAUUUAGAGUUCUUUUGCCCGGAGUAUAAUUCAUUUUUCCUUCCAUUAACUUGAUGAUUCAGAAAUCGCAAUUUUGGGUUAACGCAUCAGAAUAUUGUACCUCGUAUCAUCCUUUCUUUUUUUUUUUUUUCUUCUAAACCUGUUUGUGCUAGUAAUUAAUUAGUUCCGAAAUAGUCAAUACUCAAAA